UGCAGGUUCUGUGUUCUUGCUCUGCUCCGUGAUUUAUUGACUCUUUUUUUUGUCUUCUCAAGGCGUAUUUAGAUAAAAACCAUUCUCCCAUAAAGAGAGACAGAGACAAGAAGAAGAAACAAAAGCAUUGGUCUUUAGUUACUUAACUUUGUCACAUCCCUUCUGUAAGAAAUAUUGCGAGGGAGACUGUUCAUAUUCUAUGUUCUCGUGUUCGUAUGACAUAACAAAAUUUGUCUUUAGGGUUCUGUCUUUUUUUUUGCGAUAAUGUCUAGAGAGUGUUUACUAGAUUACUAUUAUUAAAUACUCUGUUUUGAGUUUUGGUUUUUUAUCUCUUAACCACCAUGCAAAGAGUACACAACAAACCAGUUGAUUCCAUCGGAAAAUCUCCGUCCGCCACCGUUAAGCAACAUUUAACAAAACAGAGCAACGGCGGAGUAACGACGGAAGCGGCGGAUAUGAAGGAACCGAGCAUUGACACAGAUAAGCUCAGCUACGAGAUUUUCUCCAUUCUUGAAAGCAAGUUUCUUUUCGGGUACGAUGAGCAAGAAACGUCACCGACGGUUGCUGAGCCUGUAAACGGCGUCGUUCCGGGAUCAAUCAAGAACCAGAGAGGCAAAGUCUGUGUUUUGAGCAUCGACGGAGGCGGGAUGAGAGGGAUCAUACCGGGAAAGGCUUUAGCUUAUCUGGAGAAAGCGUUGAAAACCAAGUCGGGUGACCCGAACGCCCGAAUCGCCGACUACUUCGACGUAGCUUCCGGUUCCGGUAUCGGUGGAGUCUUCACGGCGAUGCUUUUCUCUUCGAGCGAUGGUGACCGUCCGAUCUUUAAUGCGGACGACACGUGGAGGUUCCUAGUUAAAAACGGUAAAAGUUUUUAUAAACCAACGUCCGGUACCGGGAGGUUACUAAACCGGGUGAUGAAAACCGGUUCGGGUUCUAAGCUAGAGAAAUCGAUGAAGGAGACAUUCGCUGAGCUGACACUCAAGGACACGCUUAAACCGGUUCUGAUUCCUUGUUACGACCUCGCGAGCUCCGCGCCGUUCCUUUUCUCACGCGCCGACGCGUUGGAAACGGACGGCUACGAUUUUAAACUACGGGAGGUUUGUAGAGCCACGUGGGCCGAGCCGGGAGUGUUUGGGCCUGUGGAGAUGAGAUCAGUGGAUGGUAAAACGCGUUGCGUUGCGGUUGAUGGUGGACUAGCGAUGAGUAAUCCCACGGCUGCUGCGAUCACUCACGUGUUGCACAACAAGGAAGAGUUUCCUUUCGUUAGAGGCGUUGAGGAUUUGCUUGUGUUGUCUCUUGGUACGGGACAGUUGGUGGAUGUUAAGUAUGAAUGUGAUAAGGUUAUGAAAUGGAAGGCUAAGCAAUGGGCUCGACCCGCGGUUCGGAUAUCUGCUGAUGGUGCGGCUGAUACUGUGGACCAGGCGGUUUCCAUGGCGUUUGGUCAGUGUAGGAGGAGUAACUAUGUUCGUAUUCAGGCGGAUGGGUCAAGGUUUGGUCCGUGUAGACCAAACAUAGACACGGACGCUAGUCCAAGCAAUGUGAAUAUGCUUGUGGGAGUAGCGGAAGAGAUGUUGAAGCAGAAGCACGUUGAAUCGGUUAUGUUUGGUGGUAAGAAAAUCAGUGAAGAAAGUAAUUUCGAGAAGCUGGAUUGGUUAGCCGGUGAGCUUGUGCUUGAACACCAGAGGAGGAGUUACAGAAUCGCUCCCACUGUAGCGUUCAAACAAUCAAGCGACAGAAGAAUUGUUCAGAAGACUAUCUUCAAGGAUAUUGAUUGCAUGUUUUGAAGAUGUUCUUUUCUUAAUUUGUAUAGAUUAAUGUUUUGACUUUUUGAGUUCAGAGAAGAAAGCGAAACAUCUUCUUCGAAAAGGUUUCAUUCUUGUCCAUUCUAGUAGUGUGUGUGAUUUUUGCUCAAUUUGAUUGGAGACAAGAUAUCCUUUUGUAAUGAUUUGAUGUAAACGUAAGUUUAGAGAUGUGAACUUGGGAGCGUGAUGAAUAUAACGUUUCAAGAAGCU